AUGGAUAACCAUUUUAGCAACUUCUUUUUUCAACAAUUUACUGCUCAACUAAGUCAGCCACGCGCAAUCAAUUUUGAGCGCAAGAACGUCUUUCCCUCCGCAUCCUCGUUCACGAUACGUAAAACCUCGUUCGGGGGAACGUGCCUCCAAACCUGCGGCUUCCUUGUGACCCAUCUGUGCGAAUUUAUCCGCGGCCCUGUUCCCCUCCCUAUAAGUGUGCGUGAACGCGCAGUUCUCGAUCUCCGGCACCAUCGAUUUCACGCGCGCCAAGUGCGCGUUCGCCUGCGCGCACUUGAUCACUCCCUUCUUUCUCGUGAUUAUGUCGGCCAUGCUCUUGUAGUCGCCCUCGAGCCACACGUUGCUCCACCCGUUUUCCAACACUAUCUCAAGGCCCCUCACGAGGGCCGCCAGCUCAGCCAGUGUGCUACUGCUUUGACCGAUCGACUCGGCAUACCCUAG